UUGAGUUCAUUGGAUAUGCCAUCGUAGGCGAACGCUCCGACAUAAAGGGUAUUUUGGUGUCGAAGUGGUGCGCCAAUGGGAAUCUCAUGCAGUACUUAAGAGCACAUCCGGACUCGAGUUUAUGGCAUGGCAAAUGGACUGCACUAUCUUCACAGCCACGAACCUCCGAUCAUUCACGGUGAUCUGAAGCCAGAAAAUGUCUUGAUAAGUGAUCAAGGCGAAGCACAGCUUUGUGAUUUUGGCCUAUCCCGUGCGUUGAAUGAAUUGUCUACUGGUGCUCAGACGACAUCGACUAUGCUUGGGUACACGAUACGGUACUCUUCAUAUGAAGUUAUCAUUGAGGAGAUGAAGACUGUGUUCAGCGAUGUCUAUGCCUUUGGGUGCACAUCUAUACAGGCAAGUGUAUCUUAAUUUCCCGGAACACUGUGGUGAGCGACGCUGGUUCCUCAGGUAUUGUUCGAUAAACACCCUUUCUCCGACAUAAAAAUGACGUCAGGGUGAUUACUGCCAUUGAGGGUCGAAAACCUCC